AUCCACGAGUCCCCCCUACAGUCUAGUGGUGGUCUCGUCCAUUGUCAGCGGAGCAGAGCUGUGUGUGUGGUGUCAGGUCUCUCGCGCAAUGAUGAGGUUUCAAGUGCUCCUUUGAGAUGUUGGGAGUCUGUAGAAUAUUCUGCAAUUUGUAACUUUUUCGCUUCGCUUUUAUCACAACAACAUUCCAACUUUUAGUCUACAAGAUCGACCGGACCCGACGGACCAAGACUACAGCUGACAAAUUGGGGGACAUAUCAGCUCUGUCAUUUUCUUAGAGGGAGCAGCAAGGAUCUGGGAACCGUCUGUGAGAGAGUCGUCAUGGGUAAACAGAACAGCAAGUUGCGACCCGAGGUUCUCAAUGACCUGCGGGAGAACACGGAGUUCACGGACCACGAGCUGCAGGAGUGGUACCGUGGCUUCCUGAAGGACUGCCCGUCUGGCCAUCUCACGGUAGAGGAAUUCAAGAAGAUCUACGCCAAUUUCUUCCCCUACGGCGAUGCUUCGAAGUUCGCAGAGCACGUCUUCCGCACCUUUGACACCAACGGCGACGCCACCAUCGACUUCCGGGAGUUCAUUAUCGCCCUGAGCGUGACCUCGCGCGGAGGCCUGGAGCAGAAGCUCCGCUGGGCCUUCAGCAUGUACGAUCUGGACGGCAACGGAUACAUCAGCCGAGCUGAAAUGCUGGAGAUCGUACAGGCGAUUUAUAAAAUGGUGUCAUCUGUGAUGAAGAUGCCUGAGGACGAGUCGACACCAGAGAAACGCACAGAUAAGAUAUUCCGACAGAUGGAUACGGACAACGAUGGCAGACUCUCUCUGGAGGAAUUCAUCAAAGGUGCCAAGAGUGACCCCUCUAUUGUCAGACUACUGCAGUCUGACCAAAGCACCUCUCGACAGUUAUGAAUACAGAUCUUAAAAGCAGCUGACAGGAAACCACUCACAUGCACACUGAAAAGGCAAGAUUUAAUUAGAAAAGUAGUUUGUGGUAUUAAUGAAACACAUAUCUUUUCUGCUUAAAAAGUUUCUGUUAAUGGGUGGUUACCUUUUUAAUCAGUAUUCCAGCCUGGUUUUGGAAUUGGUAUUGUUGAGUUGUCAUAAUGUCUGGGAAUUGUCAGAAUUUUUAAAGAACCCUUAAAAUCAACUGGCAAAAUUCAGGUAUUUACAGAUAUUUAUAAUUUAAAACUUAUUCUUUCGAUUAUUGGUUGCGUUAAUAAAAAAAAAAAGCAUGAAACUUGCAUGAAUCUGUAAAAUGGUCAAGUGACUUCAAAGUGUCUUUAAGAGAUGACCUAAAAAUAAUUAUAUUUUCACAAUUGUUUGCAUUCCACUCAACGCAGUAAAUGAUUAAUCAGUAGCAUGUGAAAAUUUCUAGACUGGCUAUUUGGCAAAAAGAUGAAGUUCUGCUUGUAAAUAUUCCAUUUAUUUGGCAUUCAUUCCAAAAAUCUAUCUCAGAUAGCUCCAGAGAACUAUGUGCAUGCUUUUGGCAUGUUCUAAACAUAGUAUUUGUACUAGCUGUUCUUUGUUGAAAGUUGGGUUUUAUACAUCAUGUGGUCUAGCUGCAUUCGGAGCGGCCUGCUGUCCUGCCAAUUAUGAUCAUUUUGAAACAUCAGACGGUCUGUGUUCUACUUUAUUUUAGAAGGAAAGUAUUGCUUCUUUAACUGUGUAACAGAACAUGCCAACAGUUUGGUGUCAGUAAGAGUUUUUUUUUUAAUUAAGGAUGCGUUAAAUUGAUCAAAAGUGAUAGUAAACACGCUUGCUUUGUUACAAUUGUUAGAUUUCUAUUUCAAAUAAAUGCUGUUCUUUCCAACUUUCUGUACAUCAGAGAACCCUGAGAAAUAUGUAUCAUGCUUUACAAAAAAUAUUAAGAUGUUUCUUGAGCAGCAAAUCAGUUUCAGGGUUUGAAAGAUCAUGU